GGCGACCGGGGAGCCAUGACCGGCCGGGACGCACUCUGCGACGGGCGUGCCAAGAGCGGGCUGCCGGUGCCCGGCGGCUCUCCCGCUGGCCCGCGCCCCCGGGGCUUCGCCAUCACCGACCUGCUGGGCCUGGAGGCUGAGCUGCCCGCGCCCGCUGGCCCCGGGCCGGGAUCGGGCUGCGAGGGUCCCGCGGCCGCCGCCCGCCGGGGUCCCGGGCGCGGGGACUCCUGCCUGGUCCGCGGGACCCUCCCGCUAGGGCUCGGCCUUCUCUGCGGCUGCGGCGCGCAGCCACCCGCCUGCCGGGCACCGCGCCUGCUUCUAGCCGACGUACCCUUCCUGCCGCCCGGGGGGCCCGAGCCCGCAGCCCCGCGAGCCCCCGCCCGCCCGCCGUCCCCGCUCGGCAGCUGGAGGAGCAGCGAGAGCGUCGCCGCAUCCGAUGAGGACAGCCCACCUGAAGGCAGAAGGGAUCCUAAGGCGUCCCCUGCCCCCGGCAAGAGGAAGAAGCGGAGGCACAGGACCGUCUUCACCGCCCACCAGCUGGAGUUGCUGGAGAAGGCAUUCGGUGAGGCACACUACCCUGACGUGUACGCCCGGGAAAUGCUGGCUGUGAAAACCAAGCUCCCUGAAGACCGAAUUCAGGUCUGGUUCCAAAACCGGAGGGCCAAGUGGCGGAAGCGGGAGAAGCGCUGGGGCGGCAGCAGCGUGAUGGCCGAGUACGGGCUCUACGGGGCCAUGGUGCGCCACUGCAUCCCGCUGCCCGACGGCGCGCUCGACCCCGCGCACGGCGGCCCGCGUGGCUCCUGCGCGCCCUGGCUCCUGGGGAUGCAUAAAAAAUCCACAGGGAUCAUAAGCAAACCAGGGAACGAACGAACACUGGCGGGACUCUGGGGCUCUGCCCACACAAAGGAAGGUUCUAGCCCAACUAAGGUGGGAUCCCAGAGAGACUCAGAUGAAGCCCACCCUGAGAAGGGCUGGGAGGACGUGGCCAUCGAUCUCUCCAGCGCCUCGCAGCAGGAGACCAAGAACCUGGGCCAGGGCGCCCCUGCCGGAGGGCGCUCAGGUCCCCGGGACCCAGAGGCGCUGCAGCCUGGGAAGCAGAUGAGAAGCUGGGCUGCAGAGAAAUGACGUGAACUUGCUAAGCUGAUUCUCACCUUUGUAAGACUGAUCCAGAGAAGCUCAAACACCCUUGCAAGGUGGACAUUCGCUCUGCACCAUGCCAACACUUCGAUAAGGCUGCAGUAAUUAGGCCUGCAUAGUAUUGGCUUUGGGGGAGAUGGACAGACCCACACCUCAGAGCAGACAGCAGGACCCAGACACGGGCGCACAGGUGCAAGGCUGGCCACGAGGAAAGGGGAGACUUUUUGGUGAAUUAUUCAGACAACUGUUCACCCAUAUGCGGAAAAAAGAAGUUGGACCUCAGUUUUAUACCUUACAGGAAAACACUUCCAGGUGGGUUAGACAUAAAUGUGAAAGGCAAAACUCUAAAGGUUUACAUGUUUGGGUUUAGAAGAUGCUCCAGGUACCUCAAAACUGUGGCUUAAAACAAGCAUUUUGUUUUGCUUAUAAUUUUGUGGGUCUGUUUUCAGCUGGUUUACCAAGCCACAGUCCUCUUUCUCCAUCUACCUAUCUAUUAUCUAUCUAUG